AUGCACAAAGUCCCGAAGAGUAUACUAUCAGUUUCUGCAAAUUUUGCUUCUCAGCAAUUUCAGUAUUCCAAUCCGGAUGUCUGGGGCGUGCUCACCGCAAUAUCCGAGAAAGCCCGGAAACUCCACCAGCUCCACCACGCCUUCAAAGGCAUGAAUAUGCUUCUAACUUCAGAUGAACACUGUAUUGGUCGAUUAGUAGAUGAUUCCCGUUUCCCGAUUAUCUCACCUGCAGUUAGCGCACGUCAUUGCAAGAUUUACAGGAAAAGGGUUGCUGCCGAGGAUAAGAAAUAUCCCUCCAACGACUGUACUUCCAUUUUCUUGAAAGAUUCUAGGUUCACGAAUGGAACAUAUUUAAACUGGGAGAAGUUGAACGAAAGUAGAUCUGAAGCAAAACUGCACCAUGGAGACAUAAUCUCAAUAGCAUUUACUCCACAACAUGGUAAAGUUGGUGCUUAG